GCUGAAGGGAAGUAAAGUCAUGUUUUUGUUUUCAGACGACUGAAAACUCGAGUCUACUCAACUCAGGGGGAUAAAAGAGAGAGAAACAGAGAUUUGUGUGUUGAGGUUCAAGAUCUUGUCAGAUCCACCAAAACGAACUAUUUAGUCAGAUCAAGGAUGACCUUCUUCAAUGAGUUCACAUGGAGAUUGUAUCAGGCACUGGGAUGUGGAUAGAAUAGUGUUUCAUGGUUGUUUUAGGUGUGAUGGUUAAUUGACAUGUUUAGCUUUUGUUGUUUUGUGUGAAAGAACACUCAAAUAAGGGUGAUGGGGAGAGAGCCCAUGGAUGUACACAUGGAUAAGAAGCCAAAUGGUGUUGUGAAGUCAAAUGGUGCAUCUCAUGAUAAUGUUUAUGUUGCCCCAAAAAUUUCAGAAGACCUCAUUGAAGCAAAGGACUAUGAUGUGAAAGAAUGCACUGCAGAAAACUCUGUUGAUGGUUGUUGUGACAAACAAGAUGUAGUAGUUGUUAAAAGCAAAAACUUUGAUACUGAUGGGGCUGAGGAUCAAAAUGAGAGUCAUGGAUCUCAGAAGUCAAGCUUUCCUACACCUAAACCUCAUGGUCCGGCUCAUGUCCGUACAAAUAAAACUGUCUCUCAGCCUUUUGCUCUGGCAACUGAAAAGCGUGCAUCAGGCAUAAAUCGGCGGUUUGGGUCUGAAACUGUAGCUGAUGUUAACAAUGUCCAAACCCCUAUGCCUAAGAAGAUGUUACAGCCAAGCUCACCCCUGACAUCAAAGAAGUUAUCUCAACUUGAUAAUAAGAAGUUCCCAGAUGAAGAAGAUAAUUGGUCUGUUGCUUCCUCUACUGCUACAUCUGUCCGAAAGGUAACCGUUGGAACUGCUCCUAAAUUUCGAUCUUAUGAACGUGCUGAGAAACGGAAGGAGUUCUACACAAAAUUAGAGCAAAAGCAACGAGCAUUAGAAGCAGAGAAAACCCAGUGUGAAGCAAGACAAAAGGAAGAGCAAGAAGCUGCCAUUAAGCAGCUUAGAAAGAGCAUGGUUGUCAAAGCAAAUCCAGUUCCUAGUUUUUACUAUGAGCCGCCCCCACUGAAGACUGAGCUUAAGAAGCUUCCAUUGACAAGACCCAAAUCUCCAAAACUAAACAGCUUAAGCCGGAGAAAGAGCUGCAGUGAUGUAGUUACUUCCCCUGAUGGCAAGGAAAAAGUUUGUGCUCGAGCACAGCGCCACAGCCUUGGUACCGGCAAAGUAGAAUCCCCUGCAUCCACUACAAAAGUUAAGGUGCCAGGACAGAAUACUAAUGGCUCUUGCAAGGUGAAAAACCAACUGAAGCAGGCAGAGACAACACAUGCCUCCCCUCAGAAGAUCACAGAGCAAGCCAUUGCAGAUAUCAGUGUUGAGUCCUGAACUGCUGGUUUUUGACCAUUCAAGUUGGAGAAAAAGUCUUCAAUUUUCAUUACUACCAUAUGGACGUUCCAAAAGAUGUAGCCUGUUUCUUUUCAGCUACAAUGACUUGUUUUAAUUAAGUGGUUUGUGUUGAUGUGAAAUGUAUAUUUUUGUAAGUUAUCUUGGUACAUAUCAUGUUUUAUAGAGUUAGCAAUUUUAGCUUGGACCAAGCUUUGUUGUUUCAUCAAACAUUUUACUUGGCAAAUGGAACUUGAUGUUCUAAGUUGUCUCA